CUUGUGGCUACCAGAACCUUGGUGGCUUAAAACAAUAGAAUUUUAUUCUCUCACGGUUUUGGGGCUCAAAAGUCCAGAAUCAAGGCUUCCCAGGGCCAUACUCCCUCCAAAGGCUGUAUAGGAGAAUCUGUUUCUUUCCUCUUCCUGCUGCUCCUAGUGGCUGCUGGCAGUCCUCACCUCGUGGCAACAUCUCUCCAGUCUCUUCCUCUGUCUUCACACCACCUUCUCCUCUAUAAAUCUGUCUCCCGCACCCUCUCGAAGGAUUGCCUGGUGCCCAUCCUGAGGACUUGCUCCUCUGCAGCAUGUUUACUUGAGAAGUGGCCCCUUCAAAUGCUGCAGCUGGGGCUGCAAAAUCUCCCUACCUCAGCCUGAAGAUUGACACAUAUGGCUGGGACCUUUCCUGCUUUCAGCACUGGUUUGGGGGAUGUAGCAGAAUUAGCUGGUGAGACAGGCUGCAUGAGAAUACUUCUGGGCUGAAUUGUAAACCCUCCAGAAAAAAGUGACUAUGACCUAGUGGAGUUUUCCUUUGUCCUUCACUCUGACCAGCUCCCAAACUCACUUUAAGUCACGGAUUUGGACUUCAGGCUCACUAAAGAAUAAGAAACUGAAAUGACAGGUUUAGAUGCACGAGGACAGAAAGUGAACUGUGUGAAUGGAAGUCGACAGCAGGUGAAGGUGCUGGGUGUGCCAUUAUAUUGGGUGUGUCACUCGAUCUCAUUCAUCUCAUCAGCCCUGUGCAGUGGGCACUGCUAAUGGCUGUGGCUCUUGGGCUCAAUGUGCCCAAAGUUACACUACUUGGGAGGGGCCUCGUUAAGACUCAAAUCUAGGUUCUUUCCAAAAACCAUUGCCAUUAACCAUGGAUCCAUAAAGUCCCCUAGGACCUGCUCGGACCUGCUCAGGGGACAGUAUCCUUGAACCCCACCCUGCAGGGUCAGUUGGAUUUAGACAGAGAGGAAAAAGAAAGGAGUUCUGGGCAAGAGAAACAGAAAAUACAAUAAAAAACAUGGAAGAGGGGAUCAGCAUCACAUGGAACCAUGCCUAUUGGUUGUAAGCUCCAUGGGGCACGGACCACGUUCUCCAGAGCCAUCAUUAUAUCCCUAAUGCCUAGGUGUUGGCUAAAUUUGUGGUUUUAAGAAAGCCUGAGGGCCUGAAGGCAGCCCUGGGAGAAGCCCUUUCUGUGGGCAGUCGGAAGCAUCUGGUCUGCAGGAGGAGCCGUCCGCUCACCUGGACCUAUGACCCGCGGCUUCGCUCCCAGUCUGCCCACUGAGUUCCACAAGAUGGGCUCAUUCCGCAGGCCCAGGCCGCGCUUCAUGAGCUCCCCAGUGCUCAGCGAUCUGCCCCGAUUCCAAGCAACCCGGCAGGCUCUGCAGCUGAGCUCUAGCUCGGCCUGGAACAGCGUCCAGACUGCCGUGAUCAACGUCUUCAAAGGGGGCGGCUUACAAAGCAACGAGCUCUAUGCACUGAAUGAAAACAUCAGGAGGCUGCUGAAGAGUGAACUUGGAUCAUUCAUUACAGACUAUUUCCAGAACCAGCUUCUUGCAAAAGGACUAUUGUUUGUGGAGGAGAAGAUUAAGCUGUGUGAAGGUGAAAAUCGCAUUGAGGUUCUGGCUGAAGUCUGGGACCACUUCUUCACUGAGACUCUCCCCACCCUGCAGGCAAUAUUUUAUCCAGUCCAGGGUCAGGAGCUGACCAUCCGCCAGAUCUCCCUGCUGGGUUUCCGCGACCUGGUCCUGCUGAAGGUGAAGCUGGGUGACUUGCUGCUGCUGGCCCAGUCCCAGCCACCAUCCUCCAUCGUCCAGAUGUUGCUCAUCCUGCAGAGUGUUCACGAGCCCACAGGCCCAACUGAGGGUUAUUUGCAGCUGGAGGAACUGGUGAAGCAAGUGGUUUCUCCUUUCCUUGGCAUCAGCGAGGACCGAGGCAUCUUGGGCCCCACGUAUGCACUGGCCAGGCGCCACUCCAGGGUUCGUCCCAAGGUCACUCUCCUGAACUAUCCAUCCCCGAUGACCACCAUCAGCCGGCCACUGAAUGAGAUGGCUUUGACUCCUCUGACGGAGCAAGAGGGGGAGGCCUACCUAGAGAAGUGUGGCAGCGUCCGGCGGCACACGGUGGCCAAUGCCCACUCAGACAUCCAGCUGCUGGCCAUGGCCACCAUGAUGCACUCAGGCUUGGGCGAGGAGCCUGCGGGUGAGGACAAGUGCUUGCUCCUGCCGCCCAGCUUCUCCCCACCCCACCGGCAGUGCUCCAGUGAGCCCAACAUCACCGACAGCCCUGAUGAGCUGGAGGAGGUGGCUGGGGGCAGCCAGGAGGACUCGGAGCUGAACUGUGCUUCCCUUCGCUGAAUGCCCCCCUCUGGGACGUCCCAGCUCCUGCCUAUGGACCAGGAUGAGGAUGGCUCCAUCCCCACAGAUCGCCAAGGGGCUCUUCCUUUGGGCAAUGCUGCCUUAUGGCUUUUUGAGUGUAGGCCUAGUCUAAGUGCCCUAGGGGAAAUCCCUAUUGUAAACCUAUUUUCUUGACUGUGACUGAGCACCUCUUUGCAGCCAAACAGACCCAACUGCCUGAUAUUCACAUUCUGACUCCCAGCCUUGCCUGUCUUAGAUCCUUAUCUCUGGGCUUUUCCCCUUAGAUACUGGACUGUUUGAUGCUCCCAGCAAUGUAUCUAAGUUCCCCUGGCAUUAUUAUAGCAGGAGGUUGUCUGACCCACACACGGAGCCAGCAAGGACACGCUGGCUUUUGGAAUUCCCCUUUAGGCUCCUGUGGUACGGCAGCCUGUGGGUGAGCAGUGGUAGCAGAGAGGAACCUCUCCUCCCCUAUUCUGUACCGAGUGAAAGUAGACUGCAGCCCCUACCGAACAUGACUUUGGGAAUGUGCCUUCCUUAUUUUCAUUUCAGAAUUACUGGGAAGGAGUUGCCUGUGGGUGAAUGCCCAUCCUCACCUAUAUCCAGAUCCUAUAUGCUGCCUUUGGUUUUUGCCCCAGGAGAGCCACAAGGCUUGAGAAACCCUGUCUUUGAUUAAGCCUCACCAUUUCCCUCUCGGGCCUUCUCCCAGGCUCAAGGAACUAGCUUCCCUAGUGGAGUAGCUGGUGCCUUCAUCCGCUCCUAUUUCAGAAACUGACUGUUUUCCUUUGUGGGUGAGGGGCCAGCUGAUACCAACCAACUAGUCUGUUCCUGGAUUUAACUUGAAUUUUUUAUAUGUGCAUCAUUUAAAAAAAUUGCAAAUCCUUGUACGUAGGAUCUUGUACUGCUCAUUUCCAAUGGGGUGUAUCUUCAAACUACAAAAUAAGCAAACCCUCUCAGAAAAAGCCUGGAAGUGGUUCAGGGUACAAGUGACCCAUGGUAGACAGGACUCUUAGGCUGCAGAACUCUGGAAGCAGUUGGGCUUGAAUCCAGAAUGGCCCAUGUGAGUGUCCAGGUUUACAGAAAAGCUGCAUUGAGGUAGAGAGACUCAGUUUGCCUCAUGAGCAGAGGGUUGUAGCCAAUGGAAUGUCUUUCCUUUUAGUGGGGUUAGAUAGGGGAGAUGUGGGCAGGACCUUCUGGAGAGAUGUUCAUCUCCUGUAUAUAAACAAGUUCCCAGAAGUGGCUGGAAUUUCUGACAUGUGAAAUCACAAAAUGCUCUUUGGGGCAACAGCUUUGGUACUGUGCUGUCUCCUUAGCACUGCUCCACCCAGGUCUGGGCUCUUGAUCCACCUUGGGCCUCUGUUCUUCUCUUUGUAUUUGUCUGUUGGCCCUACUGAUAAAAGCCCCAGAAAAAGGAGAAGGCUCCCCUGGGCCCUUCUGACACCUUCUAGGUAUCCUGUUAAUAUUUGGAAACUUUAUGAUAUCUCAGAGAUAUGAGCCGGCUUGGCUUCCAAUAUAGCAGGAGGUUCCUGGGAGAGGAUAAGAACAGUUUAAUCUGGCAGCAGGGAAAGAGACAUUGUAAGCAUAUCUAACUAAGCCUUGAUGGCAUUUCCCUUCUGGGUGAAAAUCUGAAAUGCAACCAGUUUUGUUUUUGGUGGCUUGUAAUUUGGAAAUUUUGUUUAAAAAAUUGUUUCAUUUUCAUCUUUCUAAGAGAGUGAUGAAAGAGAAAUGUCUGAAGGAGAUCUGAGGAUUUCAAACAAAAAAUAAUCUCUGUGUAUGUGUUGAAUAAAGUCCACAAAUUAAAUGCAUUAGCAAACUAUCAGUAAGUAAUAACAUGAUGAUUUAUUUAACCAAUGGCUUCUGUCCUUACUGGUACACUUAGCACCUGGGAUUAGAAUUUAUUGAUCCAGAUAAAGUAAUCAUUUACUUUUUUAGUUUACAAACGUUAAUGAUCUAUUUGGUUUUAAAUGCCUUUUCCAUACACUAAAUGCCUCUGAUGAGAACAGCAGUCAUCAGUUAAAUAUGUAAUAUCUUAGACUGAGAAUGGGCAUGUCAGGACAGACCCAGUGUCCUUAAUUGCUGAUGAUUGCUAGCCACUUUACACCUUCACCUUUGACAUACAUGCCUGAUACUUAUACAGUAAAUAUUUCCAACUAUACAUAUAGCAAUUUUGUUGAUGUUUUGGGGCAUUUUAGCCAUCAGAGGUAUUGCAAGCAUUAUAUUCUUAGCCACUUUUUCUCCCCUUUAUGAGAUGAAGAUUCAUUUCGUUACUUAAACUAGGAUCUUCCUGUGGCUGAAGUUUAACGACAGGGAGCAAUCUCAACUCUAAACUCUGAGAGAGCUCACAAACCAAAAACCUUUCAUAUUGUCUGUUUCCAAAAUGAUUCAAUAAACGUCACUGUGUCCAUAUUA